GGCGCAGGGCAGGCGCCCCGGCACAGGAGGGCUGCUGGCAUGGCUUGGCGAGGUGGCAGCAGGUUAGGGGCCCAGCUGCGGAGGACCCCAAGCUGGCCCCAGCUGUUGGGGCGCAGGAGGAUCGUCUCCUGUAUUGACCCAUCUACAGGCCUGACCGAGGAGCAGAAGGAAUUCCAAAAGGUUGCCUUUGACUUUGCUGCUAAGGAGAUGGCCCCUCACAUGGCAGAAUGGGAUGAAAAGGAAAUAUUCCCCGUGGAGACAAUGCAGAAGGCAGCCCAGCUGGGGUUCGGUGGGAUCUAUGUGAAACCAGAUGUAGGUGGCUCAGGACUGUCACGGCUUGAUACCUCCAUCAUCUUUGAGGCUUUGUCGACAGGAUGUACCAGCACCACUGCCUACUUGAGCAUCCAUAACAUGUGUGCUUGGAUGAUUGACACCUUUGGGAGCGAGGAACAGAGACACAAGUUCUGCCCAUCCCUCUGUAGCAUGGAGAAGUUAGCCUCUUACUGCCUGACCGAGCCGGGAAGUGGAAGUGAUGCAGCUUCCUUGAUAACUUCAGCCAAAAGGAAAGGCGACACCUACGUCCUUAAUGGUUCCAAGGCCUUCAUCAGUGGCGGUGGCGACACAGAUGUGUACGUGGUCAUGUGUCGCACAGGAGGGUCUGGCCCCAAGGGCAUCUCCUGCCUGGUGCUGGAGAAAGGAACUCCAGGGCUCAGCUUUGGCAAGAAAGAGAGGAAGGUGGGCUGGAACUCCCAGCCGACUCGGGCCGUGAUCUUUGAGGACUGUGCUAUUCCCGUGGUCAACCGGCUGGGCGCAGAGGGGCAGGGCUUCGGCAUCGCCAUGAAGGGCCUGAAUGGAGGGAGGAUCAACAUUGCUUCUUGUUCUCUAGGAGCUGCUCAUGCCUCUGUCCUCCUGGCCCAGGACCAUCUCACCGUCCGCAAACAGUUUGGGGAACCCCUGGCCAGUAACCAGUACCUCCAGUUCAGACUGGCUGAGAUGGCGACACGCCUGGUGGCGGCGCGGCUCAUGGUACGGAAUGCGGCGCAGGCACUGCAGGAGGAGCGGGAGGAUGCCAUCGCCCUGUGCGCCAUGGCCAAACUCUUUGCCACCGAUGAGUGCUUCACAAUCUGCAACCAGGCCCUACAGAUGCAUGGGGGCUAUGGCUAUCUGAAGGACUAUGCUGUUCAGCAGUUCAUGAGAGACAUCAGAGUCCACCAGAUCUUGGAAGGUACCAACGAGGUGAUGAGGAUGAUUGUGGCCAGGAGUCUGUUACAGGAGUGAAACCAAGAGCUGGUCUCUAGUCUUAAUACACUCGCUAGGUAGAA